AUGCUCGCUCAAUCUCUGCUGUUAUCUGUCUAUCUACUUGCAUCGCCCUUGCUAUCGUUGGGCAAGCAUGCAUUUGGUGUUACUUCGGAUCCGAAUACUGCUGACAAUCAAACCUUUGACUAUGUCAUUGUUGGAGGUGGUCUCGCAGGCCUCACUAUCGCCGGCCGCCUUACUGAAGAUCCUUCGAAGACCGUGCUCGUCAUUGAAGCAGGAAAUGAUGACCGGAACGACCCAAGAGUAUUUGAUCUAUUGGAAUAUGGUGCAGUAUUUGGGACAUCUUUGGACUGGGCCUGGGACACCGACCAGAACAGGGUCAUUCGAGCGUAA